UACAUUUUUUAUCGAAAUUAUGUUUAGAAACACAUGGUGUUGACUUCAGGAGCGAAACUGUAAAAAAAUAGUAAGUUUCUACAGAAUGAACAUAUUUUACGAGUAAUAAAAGAGUCGAAAAUUAAGACUUACCUACAAGUAUCUCAUUUUUAUUAUAGUAAAUACAAACGGCAACAAUUUACCUGUCCAGUGUGUAAGAAGGCAGUAUAUAAUCUCCCGAGACAUCUUCAGGGAAAAGAUCACAAAUGGACGGCCGAGUCUGCCAAGGCUGUAGUCAGCCAUUUUUCUUUACGAAAAAAAAAGAUCAAGAAUACUGCUACUGAAAGUUCAUCGAAGCAGGACUAUCACACCCUUCGUAUAUGUCCGUUGGGACAGUGUGUCAAAGUCGUGAAAAGGUUAGACGACCACCUUUUAAAUUUUCACAAGAUGAAACGCGAUACAAAAUAGUACAGUUUACUCAAAAAUGCAUCAAAGUUUUCGAAGCCAUUAAAAUCUGAUGUUGCUUUGGCUUCUCCCCGUAAACAAAUAUUGUCAAUCAAACAAAAAUUCAUGUUAAAAAGUAAUUUCGAAGAAUCAAAAACACCACCAGAAUCAGAUCGUUGAAAAAAAAGAAAAAACUUGUACGGUAACGAAUCCAUCACCUCAACAAUAUGCUACUGAUCAAGAUCCUUUAACUCCGUUGAAAAAUUACAAACCUGACAAUACUGAUGCUUCCGCGGUAAAGAUAUACAGGAUGAUGCCUGAAGCAUGCAAGAGUGAAGUGGCUUCUACUAAUAGCGGAAGUGAUUCGGAGUAUUUACCGUCGAACGAUGAUGAAACGGAGCAAAUUGUUUUGCCAAAUGAUGAAGUUGAAUUUUUCUUUGAUCGCUUUCUUAGCUUUAUUUGCGGCCCAGACGGAGGCAUGAGGGAUAGAACGUCUUCUAUAAAUGUUGUAAACGAUGUCAGGAGAAUUUAUAAAAUUAUUAACGCGACAUCCGUAGCGGAUCUCUUAAAUAAAGAAAAAUUGAGGAAUAAAUAUUUAAUGGGAUAUUGUGUUAAGAAAAAACAUGCGCCUGAUUCUAUUAAAAAGUAUCUCUAUUCCCUAGAAGACUUUUGUAAUUUCGUGAUUGUAGAGGAUGUUGUUAUCCCAGGUAUAACAAUUGAGAAUAUUCAACAAAUGAAAGUUGUUUUCCGCUCCUGGCGAAAAAACUACAAUAAAGGCGCGAGAGACCGUUAUUGGGAGCGUCAAGAGACAGAUUUUUUAAUGAUAGUGACACCGCAACAAGUUCAAACAUAUCUUAAGAGCAAGAACGCGCAACUGGCAAAGGAGAUAUUUACUAAGUUAACUCAGGAUGCAAAUACGGUGCUUUCAAAUACAGAGUAUUGUGCGAUUCGUGACCAUUUACUCGCUCUAAUUCAUUUUAGUAAUGGACAUAGAUCCGGUGUAACAGCAAAUUUGACAAUCUCUGAGUUCGAACGAGCGGUGGAAAUCGAUUCAACGUACUUAAUAAAAGUUCGCAAACAUAAAACGUUUACAUUUUCUGGUCCCGCUAUCAUAUCUUUGGAUCAAGAACAGUACGCUUAUCUUAAACUCUUUGUUACAAAUCGCAAAGCUAAUUUAUCGUUAGAGUUCGAUAAUGUCUUCGUUUCCUGCUCGGGAAAACAAAUGGCAUCAGGUUCAAUAAGUAAGCAAAUCAAUAGUCUGUGGGUUAAGUCCGGGAUCCUUGAUCCAGCGAAACAACCAAAAAAUCUGUGUUGUAAUGUCAUCAGAAAAAGCACAAGCACGGGUUUAAGAGAUGCAAGCUCUGGACAUUACCAAGAAGCUGCGGAUCUGAUGGCUCAUAGCCUUAAAACGGCCGAAAAACAUUACUUCCUUCGCGAGAAACAACAAGCCGCAGUUACUGCGGGACGUGUUAUAAGGCAACAUUUCUUGGAAGACGAACCCACGAAAUCAAUUUUAUCUACUCCUCCACGAAAAAUCGCGGAAAUAAAUGAGCAUGCAUCGCCACGACAUCAAUGGAGAAUAGAGGAGGUACAAACAAUACAGGAAAUGUUUAAAGAAGAAAUUGAAAACAGGGAUAUAUCGAUGCUUAACGUAAGAGAUAAAAGACCUAUGCUGAAUGUACCUGUUGAUAUCUCUAUCAAGCAAAUCUAUGAUAAAGUCCGUAGCUUAAUGCGAUAUACUCCUGUUAAGCGACCUUUAAUUACUGAAACUGUAAGUACGGCAAGUAGUGUGCCACAGCAAAAAUCUUUAUUCAGAGGCAAGAGAAGAAGUUUAUUUUGCGAUAAAGAUGUUCAACUGCUACGUCAAAAGUGCUCGGAUAUUAUUGCUAAUGGUCCUUUAACGAAACAAGCUGUCACUAAGGCGUUGGAAGGGGAAGAUAUACUAAACAAAUUUACUUUUGUACAAAUUCGUACUCGUUUGGACUACGAAAGAAGACAACUAUGAACACAUCUGUUCCAUGAACUUAUGCCAGUCAUUAAAACGAAUAACUCUUCGUUAAAAUUAUUAAACAUGUUAAUGCUCUGUUUUUGUUUCUUUGCUAAUUGUUCUUAAAAUUGAUGUUGCAUGUUAUCCCAGAGGCAGCACUGCUAUCACGCACGAUACUGUACUUUCCUAAUUUUGACGACGAUUAUAAUACUGACUUAAUUUUUGACAACUAGUUUUAAUUAAUGAAACUAAGUUUGGCUAAGCUGACAUUUUCUUUAAAUACAACCUUGAUUAGACAAAAUGUGUUUUCUUGCUAAUUUCAUUUUGUGUAUAUAACGCUUGAUGCACUGCUUUCUAAAGUUUAUAUUUUGUUUAUGAGCUGUAAAGGCAUUGGUCAUCUCUACUACAUCCUAUGCAUGAAUCUGUUUUAGCAAACUUGAAUCUUCUUGUUAUUACACCCUCUACUUUCGUAAUUUGUAUAAGCACGUGUUUUACGAACUCGUUUAAAAGUUAGAAUUCAAUUUAAAGUUUUUAGAAGAUGCUUCAUAGCAUUAUUAUUGUACUUUUUACCACACGUUUUUAAAGAAAAAAUUAGCUUUAAUGUAGACUGAAAUAUCUCUUGUUUGUAUAUAGUGAAAAAUGUUGUGUAUAAUGUGUCUACACGAAAUUGCCCCGGUUAAAUUAAGAGAUAUGGAUCCGGGACACGUAAACUACUACCUACACUUUAUUGGACUUGUCUACUACUUUUCCGUCAUGCAUACCUGAACUAUUAAACUAUUUAUUAAAGUAAUGGCUGCUGAAAAUAUCGACAUUGCUGUUGCUGAAAGUAUCAUAGGUGAAGUCAUUGGUCAAGAAGCCUUUUCUUCGACGAAUAAAAUUUUAGCUAAAAGUAUUUGUAUAUGAUAUUAGUAAAUUGGUUUGGCCUUGUUCGUUUCGGUUGAUUUUCUUAACAGUAUCGAAAAUUUAAAAAGUCUGGCGCACACCAUAGGCAAACUGGCGGUCUCUUAGGCCGUCGCUUGAGCUGUUGUGAAAAAAACUUACACGUCCGCAAAUAACCGAAACGAAAAAGUUGCACCACAAGUUAAAAUAUAAAAAUCGCAUAUAAAACAAUUGCAUGAUAACAAAACUUACGCUAAUUUAAUAAUCGCUAGCCAUGCCCUUGUAGUAUGCGGACAGCCGCCUCAGGUAACAAGCCGCCGCCUAAGAGACUGCUUAUAAACCCGAGGUAAUUUUACGAAGACUGUCCAAGUCUGCAACGGAAGGUGUAGUGGCAUUUGCUAUUAACUCUUUUUCUCUCUCUCCUGUUACUAUAAGAAGACUUCUUAUAGCAAAUUCGCUUUGGUUUAAUGUUAAAAAACGCAAGUCAAAUAUAUAUCAGUCUUUCCUAACUUGCAAAUAAAAACUCACAGCAGAAUAUAAUACUCUCAACCUCAAAAUAAAAUACUCUUGUCGCGUAUGUAGGGCUUAGAUUUUGUCACUUGUAACAAGCAACCAAAUUUAAAAUUAUUGAAUCCGUUACAUGAAAUUAGUUUGAGGCAUACAAUCUAUGUACUCUUUGCUUUUGUGUCAUCAAUACGUUUUAUAUGUACUUUGUGUAGGCAAUUUGGUUAUGCAACAUCUGCAUCCGAUCUAUCAAUCCUGCUACAAUAAACUAGUACAACUGAUACAAAACUGUGAGCCCUGCUACAAGAAACUAUUCUUGUAAUACAAACUAGUCGACUAAUAUAAUGUUAUCCCGCCCCGUUUAAAACCGUCAAUCCUAUGUCGAAAAGUCAGUUUCAGUAGUAGUGACUAAUGGACUAAUACAAUCCUACUAUUUUUUUCAUCAUUUUAUCUCGUAUUUACUUGUCGUAAACGAUUUUGGUCAAACAUGCUACAAUCCCGCCCGGUUUGAAACCAUCAAUUCUGUCACGAAAAAUCAGUUUCAGUAGCACAGACUGGUCGACUAAUACAAUCUCACUAUUUUUUUCAUCAUUUUAUCUCGUAUUUACUUGUCGUACGCGAUUUUGGUCAUACAUGUAACAAUCCCGCCCGGUUUGAAACCAUCAAUUCUGUCACGAAAAAUCGGAUUUAGUAGCACAGACUGGUCGACUAAUACAAUCCUACUAUUUUUUUCAUCAUUUUAUCUCGUAUUUACUUGUCGUAAACGAGUUUGGUCAAACAUGCUACAAUCCCGCCCGGUUUGAAACCAUCAAUUCUGUCACGAAAAAUCGGAUUUAGUAGUACAGACUAGUGGACUAAUACAGCCCUGCUAUUUUUAUUCAUCAUUUUAUCUCGUAUUUACUUGUCGUACGCGAUUUUGGUCAUACAUGUAACAAUCCCGCCCGGUUUGAAACCAUCAAUUCUGUUACGGAAAGUCAGUUUCAGUAGCACAGACUGGUCGACUAAUACAAUCCUACUAUUUUUUUCAUCAUUUUAUCUCGUAUUUACUUGUCGUAAACGAUUUUGGUCAAACAUGCUACAAUCCCGCCCGGUUUGAAACCAUCAAUUUUGUCACGAAAAAUCGGAUUUAGUAGUACAGACUAGUGGACUAAUACAGCCCUGCUAUUUUUAUUCAUCAUUUUAUCUCGUAUUUACUUGUCGUACGCGAUUUUGGUUAUACAUGUAACAAUCCCGCCCAGUUUGAAACCAUCAAUUCUGUUACGGAAAGUCAGUUUCAGUAGCACAGACUGGUCGACUAAUACAAUCCUACUAUUUUUUUUAUCAUUUUAUCUCGUAUUUACUUGUCGUAAACGAUUUUGGUCAUACAUGUAACAAUCCCGCCCGGUUUGAAACCAUCAAUUCUGUCACAGAAAAUCAGUUUCAGUAGCACAGACUGGUCGACUAAUACAAUCCUACUAUUUUUUUGUCAUUUUAUCUCGUAUUUACUUGUCGUAAACGAUUUUGGUCAUACAUGUAACAAUCCCGCCCGGUUUGAAACCAUCAAUUCUGUCACGGAAAAUCAGUUUCAGUAGCACAGACUGGUCGACUAAUACAAUCCUACUAUUUUUUUUAUCAUUUUAUCUCGUAUUUACUUGUCGUAAACGAUUUUGGUCAUACAUGUAACAAUCCCGCCCGGUUUGAAACCAUCAAUCCUAUUACGGAAAGUCAGUUUCAGUAGUAGACACUAAUGGACUAAUAUAAUCCUGCUAUUUUUUUAUCAUUUUAUCUCGUAUAUACUUGUCUUAAGUGAUUUUGGUCAAACAUGUAACAAUCUCGCCUGGUUUGAAACCAUCAAUCCUGUUACGAAAAGUCAGUUUCUGCUGAACUAGUCAACUAAUACAAUCCUACUACUUCCUAUUACAGAAAACUUGUCUCAGUGAUACAAACUAGAAUAAUAUAUAAUGUUAAUAGUUCUUUCAACACUUUGCCUUUAAUUUACGAUAUUGGUCGUGAACAUGAUAUAUAAUGCUGUAAAAACAAACAUGAAUGCGAGUUGCCGUGGUCAGUACACUAUCCUGUGAAAGUGUUUUGGGCAUUGUUGGCUCCCAACAACAUAACAGUUUCAAUAUCUAUGUUUUGGUUUAGUUAAAAUAAGUAGUAAGUAAUAAAAAAGAUUCACACGACAACGCAACCUCCAUACCAGGACCUGUAGCGUUUUCUGAUAUGACAAUGAAACGCUACAGGUCCUGAAAAAAAUUGCUUCUGUCUCUUGUAUCAUUCCCUUUGAUUUUACGACUAUUAUGUAAAAUAAUACUUUCACCAUCAAUUCCGGGAUCAAUGAAACCAAACAACGCAGUUAAUAUUUUAAUACUUGGCAUGCCUGCAUAACGUAGUUAGUAUACUGUUGGCGUUUGGUAAUGAGUUCUUCCUUCUUCUUAAUAAGGUCUUCUGCUCCUGUAUUAUUGUCCUUAGUAUUACUGACAACAAUGUCAAAAUCGAUUUCAGAAAUAUUACUAGCAUUGUUUUCAGGUUCAACGGACAAUUUACAUGAUUUUCUUGGUGAUAAACGCUACAUUGGAGCUUUUCGGAGCCUUUCCUAUUGAAUAUUGUUUUAAGAACGUAAUACAGGUUUCGUAUUGUUUAUAAGUGUCGAUUUCCAUUUUCUAGCUUAUACAAUCUUUCUGGUAUUCACUAUCGCUGUUUUCUUACGCGAGAACAAAGUUUUUGCUCCCCUUGUCUCGUUUUCAUGUGAUUACGUAAUCUUUUUAUGAAAGUAUUAAUUCUGCUCAUGUUCGUGUAUUUGACAAGAGAAUAACGGAGAGUCGUAAGACACUCAAAUUUGGUAAUGACGUAAACAGCAAACCUUAUUAUAAAGGAACCUGGAAGAAAAGAAGAGUUGAAGUUAAAAAUAAAUUUCGUUCUACUUCAGUUAUUUGCAAACUUUAUAUAAAUCUCGUUUCAGGCAUUAUUAAGUCUUGUAUAGAAUGACCACUUUAAUACUGUUGUUCCGCUGCAGACAAUUAACUUGUUUUAGCGGCUUGUUUAAUUAUGUGUCCUCUUUUAUAAACAGUUAUUAAAAAUUAUCGUUUAUGGACAUGAUAUACAUAAUGUACCUUAAACAGGUUUAAAAAUGCAUG